AUGAACACCAAGCUGGGGAAACUGUACUUGGACAUGCACAACUUUGACCAGUUGCAAAAGCUGUUGCAGCAGCUCUAUGCAUACUGCCAGACGUCGGAUGGAGAGCAGGAUAAUGCGAAAGCGACGUCGCUGUUAGAAGUCUACGCUCUGGAAAUUCAGCUAUGUGUCGCUACCAAGAACAGCAUCAGAAUGCGCGCCGUCUACCCAAAGACACUGGAUCUGGACGCAGCUGUGGCUGAUCCGCGAGUCAUAGGCUUUAUCCGUGAGGAGGGUGGUAAAAUGUACUUGGAAGAGAAGGAAUGGAUGCUGGCGUAUAACGAGUUUUUCGAGGGCUUCCGCAACUACCAAGAAGCUGGAAACUCACGAGCAACGCAGUGUCUGAAGUAUGUUGUCCUGGCCAAUAUGUUGACCAGCUCGAAUAUCAAUCCUUUUGAUUCGCGAGAAGCAAAGGUGUAUCAAGAUGUGGAAGAGGUCGGCGCGAUGCUGCUGCUGCGGAGUGCCUAUGAAGCCAACGACAUUGUGCAGUUUGAGAAGGUGUUGAAGAACCCAAGCUACAAACUGCUGAGUGAUCCGAUAAUGAACCAGUGCUUGAACCCGUUGCUGCGCAAUAUACGAUGUCAAGCUAUGAAGACCAUUGUACGUCCAUACCGAACGAUCCGCGUUGAGAGCCUCUCAAAGCGGAUGAACAUUACGACGGAGGAUGUCGAAGAUAUUGCUAUUGCCCUCAUUCAAAAUUGCGAGCUAGACGCCAAGAUUGACCAGAGCAGGGGCUUCUUGUCUUGCAGACACGACAAAAGUGCGUCAAAUUCGCUUGCACUCUUUAGUUGUGGCUGCUUGAUUUCUGACAUUUCUUUCUGUUUCUGGUUUAUAGAGCCCGAGGUGCUCACAAGACGUACGAUGCGUUGGAUCGAUGGACUCGAGCUCUUGCCUCGACACAUGCAUCGGUUGCCGCGCGGGUACUUGCACCACCGUGACAUCAGAAGAUGUAAUCUUGUGCAAUUUAACUCGAGCAAUCGAGAUGGUGUACUAUUGGGGUCAAUCGCGUCUUCUCAUUUCAUCUGUCUUACUAGAAUUGCCCGUCCGGCAGCCGGUCAGCAUCGAGGCUUCGUCAUCAUGCAACCUGACAUUGGUUGUUGUGUUCAGUGA